AGGCCCAAAUAAAACCCUAACCUCUCCCACGCCUUUAUACACACACACACCCUCUCUUUGGUGUGCCGUUUUGCGUUAAUCGACCUGACCUAACAAUGCCGGCCGGUCAUGGAUUGCGAUCUCGAACAAGAGAUCUGUUCGCUCGAGGAUUCAGGAAGAAAGGUACAAUCCAUCUCUCCACCUACCUCCGAACCUAUCACGUCGGCGAUUACGUCGACAUCAAGGUCAACGGCGCCGUUCACAAAGGUAUGCCCCAUAAGUUUUACCAUGGUCGCACCGGUCAGGUCUGGAACGUCACCAAACGCGCCAUUGGCGUCGAGAUGAACAAACAGGUUGGUAACAGAAUAAUCAAGAAGAGGAUUCACGUGCGCAUCGAGCAUGUAAUGCCAUCAAGGUGCAAUGAAGAGUUGAAGCAACGGAUUAAAAAGAACGAUCAACUAAAAGCCGAGGCCAAGGCUAAAGGCGUGGUAAUCAGUACCAAGAGGCAACCACUUGGACCCAAACCUGGGUUUAUGGUUGAAGGGACCACCCUAGAGACAGUAACUCCCAUUCCUUACGAUGUCGUCAAUGAUCUUAAAGGCGGAUAUUAAAUGUAUUUGCGGUUUUUGUUUCAUGACAUUUAUAAGUUUUCUGUUCUUCGUCUUUAGUCUAGUAGUAUGUUCGUCGUUUUUAAUGUUUACUGGAUGUUUUCUUUAUGGGAAGUCAAGUCUUGGGUUGAACACUUACAUUUUGAAUGAAUCACAUACCUUCCAAGUUUA